AUAAGCAGAACCUCAUCAGUUAUUUGCAUCACAUGGUGUUGUCAAUUCUUAUACUCCUCGUAGUGAAAAUAAAAACUUCUAUUUCAACUUUUCUUUCCGUCAGUGUAACAUGAAGUGAACUUGGCAGUUUAAAAAUAAAAUUAAAGAAUUAGUUUUAAAAGUAAACAAUUUUCGUUUUAAAUUUACCACCUUUUUCACUGUUUACUCAUUUAGAACCAUUUGUAAACAAGAAAAGGGGCGGUGCGACCAGAGUUUUAUUAGUCACAGUUUUAUAUUUGACAGUUGUCAUUCAUUUUUUAUUAUCUGUUUGGAAUUUACUUAUCGUUUUAUUAUUUUUAACAAAAAUAUUAGCAACCUUUUUGCCCACUUCAUAGCUGUUUAAAACACCACCACCUCUAACUUUACAAGUUUCCCAGAACGACUGACAAAAUCAACAGCUAGUCCCAGUAUCACGAUGCGAGCAGUGUUGAUUUAAGACACCAUUCAUAAGACCGAAAACUAGGAACAUGGGUACCGUAUGGAAAGUGCUAACAAGAAAAAAAGUUCUCGAUCCAGUGUCUGCCGAACAGUCUGAAUUGGGCAGAAUUUUAAACACACUCGAUUUGACAGCACUGGGUGUUGGAAGCACUUUAGGUGUGGGAGUUUAUGUGCUAGCGGGACACGUUGCAAAGGAUACAGCUGGGCCGGCAGUGGUUCUUUCGUUCCUCAUAGCCACAAUUGCUUCAGUUUUCGCUGGUCUGUGUUAUGCCGAAUUUGGUGCCCGAACACCUAGAGCCGGUUCUGCCUACAUUUACAGUUACGUAUGUGUUGGUGAAUUCAUAGCAUUCGUAAUAGGAUGGAACCUAGUCCUAGAAUAUGUCAUAGGAUCUGCAAGCGUAGCAAGAGGUUUAAGCCUUUAUUUAGACACCCUAAUCAACGAUACUCUUAAAGAUUGUUUCAUUGACAUAGCUCCGCUAGGAAAUGUUUCCUUUAUGUCGGCGUAUUUUGACUUCUUUGCAUUUGGUAUUUCCUUAAUCUUGGCUGUUGCUUUAGCUUUCGGCUUAAAAGAAAGCAGCUGGGCUAACAAUAUCUUCACUCUAGUAAACUUGGCAGUAGUUUUGUUCGUUGUGAUCGCUGGUGCUACUAAAGCGUCGACUGAAAACUGGAAUCUUGUAAUAAACGCAACAAACUCAACAGACGAAAAUAAGGGCACUGGAGGCUUUUUCCCUUUUGGUGUUGAAGGGAUGAUUAAAGGUGCCGCAACGUGCUUUUAUGGUUUUGUCGGCUUCGACUGUAUUGCAACCACGGGUGAAGAAGUAAAGAAUCCGAAGAAAGCAAUACCGUUUGCGAUCAUCCUGUCAUUAUUCAUAAUUUUUUUAGCUUACUUUGGCACAUCGACGGUUGUAACUCUCAUGGUGCCGUAUUAUGACCAAGACCCAAAUGCUCCGCUUCCUCACGCUUUUGAAAGCGUAGGCUUGGAAUGGGCAAAAUGGGUGGUAGCGAUUGGUGGUAUUUUUGGUUUGUGUGCCAGUCUUUUUGGUGCAAUGUUUCCACUGCCGAGAAUAAUAUACGCAAUGGCUUCUGACAGCAUAAUCUUUCGUUUCCUUGGACAAGUAAGUUCGAGGUUUAAAACGCCCGUAGUGGGCACACUUCUGGCUGGACUUUUAACGGGCUUAAUGGCGGCACUUUUUGAACUUAAGCAGCUGGUUAAUAUGAUGUCUAUUGGAACAUUGUUGGCCUAUACUAUAGUAGCAGCCAGCGUGCUUUUAUUACGCUACGAAGUCGAUAAAGGCGUCGUAUACGAACCUCUUUUAAAGUCCUUUUCGGACUCGGAGGAUUAUGAUACAUAUACCGAAAGCAGAGCAUUGGAUAUCGGAGAAACGAGUGACGAGAUUGAGUUGAUCAGUGACGAGUUCACUUCUUCGAAUAUUUUCAAGCAAAUCUUCAAUUGCGGACGUCAGCAGUACCCUUCAGAAGUUUCCGAAAGGAUCGUCAAGGUGGAAGUGUGUCUCUACUGUAUUUUAUGCGUUCUUAUAGGCUUGUGUGCCAUGUAUUUGAAUAGCCAGAUCAGAGAUGGUGAAAUUUGGGCAAUAGUAUUGACAGCCGUGGUUGUUGCAUUGGCGGUUUUGGUUGUCAUGUCGAUGACUACGCAGCCCAAAUCGAGAAAGGAGCUGUCUUUUAAAGUUCCUUUGGUACCUCUUGUUCCGGCCCUCAGUAUCCUGAUCAACAUCUACUUGAUGUUAAUGCUUGACAACAACACGUGGAUACGUUUCGGUGUAUGGAUGGCUGUAGGCCUCCCCAUUUACUAUUUUUCUGUAAAAACCCAUUCCGAUGCACGAAACGAGAGCAUAUGCAGUCACCCUUCCAUCUCAGCCGGCGAAAAAAUCAACGGCUAUGCUAAUCACGGCUACCUCGAGGACGAAAUAAUUUCAACGAAAACGAAAAAAGGCCCUGCACCACCUCCCCCCACUCUUAAGAAUAUCGAAGCAACUAUUGCCGAUUUGGACGAGAUGCUAGAAAACGAAGAAGCCAACAUAACCACAGAUCGAAAAUAUUCCGCCGACUCUAUGUCCCUUGCUUCGAAUGUUUUACGUGAAGAAAAUGUCCAAGCUGAUGUUCAUUGUUCCGAUGUUCCCCUUACACCUGCCAAAGACGAGCCUCCUUUGUGUCAGUCUAGUGAUGUAACUUGUUCCGACCCUGUGUCCCAUAAUAGUGACGUUACUAAUGCGCACGUCGCCGAUACUACGGAUUCCGCUGUACUGGAAUCGGAAGAUACGGUUCAAAAUGACGACGCAGAGCCUGCUGCUGUUGUUGUAGGUAUACCGUUAAUACCAGAAGAACCUGAAGAACCUGAAGAACAAGGCCCUGUCGUUAAAAUAGCACUGAUGCCAGAAGAUGCACACGUUGAAGAAGAACAAGAAGAACCACCUACGGAAGAGCAAAGUCUCAUAGUAAAUACAAACGAAACAAUUUCCCAGGAGAGUCAACCAGUCCCUGUUGAAAAUGAAACAACUACAGAGGAAAACGAGAAGAUAAUUGAAGAAAGCGAACCCAAAAAUCCAGUGAUUCCACCCCCUCCUCCACUUACAGAAGAAAUGGAAACAUUUAAUGACACACCAAGACCACACUUUGACAAGAAUGUUUUCAGCGGUGUUAAAUUAAGAUCGAUUCAUGACAGGAAACCUGAAACGCCACCUAUCGAUUAUUCUCGACAAAAUUCGACCGUCGGUCCAGCGGACACUAAUUUAAAAUUUGGAACACAAGAAUAUAAGGAGUUUAUAGAACAGCUAGACCAAAAAUUACAACAGGGUUAUAUACCAGCACACGUGGCUGUUGAAUUAAAGAAAAAACCAGUUUUGAAGAACACUACUUCGCAUAUUGCUAAUGAAGAUGUUGUCAAUGAUAGUAUCGAUCGGGAUGAUGCAAAAAAGAAACUUGCUCUAUUUUUGGAACGGACGAAUAGUUUACCGGCUUUUACUGUAAGAAAUGGGCCAAAUUCGGAUCGAAAAUAUAUCGGCAAGAAAAUAAAUGAAGUCGAAUCAGAUUUAUCGGGUUACAAAGAACAGCACAGGCAAAAUAUGGAAAAUAUUUUUAGAAGUGUUAGGUUACGAAAGGAGGAUAGUUUUAAAAAUACGUCAAGAAGCGAUGAUUUAACUAAUGCGUCACCAGGCCCUCAUGAAAAGAAAGCAAAGGAGAAUGAGGAUAUUGACCGUUCAGAACAUCGGAAAAAUAUGGAUGGUAUUUUUCAGAGUAUUAGACUAAUGAAAGUUGAUAGUUUUAAAAACGAUGAAUCUCACUGAUGCAGACAAGACAGUUCGUUGAUAUUUGACGAUAUGAUAUUAUAGAAAUGACGAAGGACGAAGGACUGAUGAUGGAGAUUACACGCUUUAUGUUCUAUCCUUUUUUGUUGCUUUUUACCCCUAAUUCUUUUCUCACUGUAUGCUUCCUAACUCUGCAUGAUAACCUUUCCUCAACUAAUAGUUAAACAUUAUAAACGAUAUUAAAGUUUGUGGAACUAUCAUGGAGUUCU